UUUCAAACCCGGGUCUGUGGACAGAACCGCGAGCGCGCGAUCAGCACUAAACUUCCCACUUUUGGCCCGAUCGUCAAACCAAAAAAAACUCGGCUCUUUCACCCCGUCAUUUAUUUUUGUUCACCCCCCCAGCUGUUUGCAGCUGGACAGAAAGCCCCCCGCCCUGUUCGCUAAAAAGGGACCGACAGUGACCGGAGGAGGAGACAGAUGGCCCCGCAACCUCCGCAGCCGCCGCAGGUGAGGCAGAACAUCCUCAAGUUCCUCCGGAGCUUCCUGGGAGUCCUCCGGAUCCUGCAGAUUGCGUUCGGAGCCGGACUUUGGGUCACCAUCGCCGCCAACAAAUACGAGGGCUCCAUCCACUUCGUCCUGUUCGUCGCGGUCCUCUUCUGGCUCCUCACCCUCGCGCUGUUCUUCAUCACCCUCCUGGACAAGCAGGACCUCGUCCCGCUGCUGGGAGGCGAGCGCUGGUUGUCCGCCAACCUGGCGCACGACGUGGCCGCCGCCGCGCUCUACCUGCCGGCCAUAGGUGUCAUGAUCCACAAGACGGACCGCAACUCGUACUGCAACCUGGAGCAGUACAAGCACCCGUGCCUGUACAAGGUCUACCUGACGGCCGCCGUGUUCUCCUGCCUGGGCUGCCUGGCGUACCUCUUGUCGGCCAUUCAUGGAGGGUGCAGGAAGUGUCGGGGGGAGCAGACGGUCGUCUGAUGGGACUGAAAGGAAGGAGAGAGUGGGGAGAGGAGGGGUGCUUGGGGGGGGGGGGGGGGUCCACAGCAAGAUGAGGAAUAGUUAACUUCACUGUUAUUUAACUCAACAGCUACUCUAAUUGGCAGGUUUGUGUCAGUGCUUUCCACCUCUGGUGGUGGAGAGAAAACCAACCGAGAUCACCUGGGCGGCAGAUUCCGGCACAGAGGCCUCCAUGGAGGGUAGUCUGAUGCGGACCUGAGCAUAGCAACGCUCUUAUUAAGUCCUCCUGCCUCUUGUAGUGAUUCAGUGUAAUUCUCCCUGAUAAAGAAGCAUUAUAACUUCCCUUUAAGUGCAUAUUAUAGUUGGGUAGUUUAGUCUGUGUUUACAAUGCGUCAUUAAAGGCCUUGAGGUAUUAGUGCCAGUAUUACUGAGUGACCGUCAACCCCAAACCCCUCAUAGGAUAUUUAAUUUCACAUGGAAUAGAUACCUUUUGUUUAAAAGUAUAUUUUAUAAUGUUUUGACAUGUUUUUUUCAUGACAGCGAAACUAUACCUGAAGCAUGAUGGACUAACACACUUGUUGAUCCCUUUUUGACCAAACGCUGCAAACCGUUUCAUCAGUGCCUUCUUUCAAAUUGCUGUAUACUCAACAAGGUUAUGAUAGCAACAACUCAACACAGUGGGUGUGAUUGGUGUUACAAUGUAUAUGCUGAACAAAAAUGUAUUGUGUAUUAUGUAUUCAUUAUAAAGCCAAAGAAUAAAGAGCAGUACGUAAGCCUGUU